AUGGCUGUCACUGUGUUCACGCUCUCCGUCUUCAUUGGGCCGAUGGUUGCCCCCUUCAUCGGAGGGUUCAUUUUGUCGAGCCAUUUGGGUUGGAGAUGGACGCAGUACUUGUCCGGAAUAUUGGCCUCGGCGGCUGCUGUGUUGAAUUUCCUGUUUGUUCGAGAGUCAUAUCCGCCCAUCAUACUAAGCCAGAAAGCGGCAGAGCUACGCCGCCGAACAAAGAAUUGGGCCAUUCAUGCUAAGCAGGAAGAAGUUGAGGUGGAUUUUAAAGAGCUACUGGAGCGAAACUUUACACGCCCACUUCAUAUGCUGGCUGUUGAGCCUAUCGUUCUUCUUAUAAGUCUCUACUCUUCAUUCAUUUAUGGGCUGCUCUAUCUCUUUCUGACAGCUUAUCCUGUCAUAUUUCAAGGAGUAUACGGCAUGAAGCCAGGAGUCAGUGGGCUUCCAGAACUAGGCGUCGUCAUAGGCUGUUUGUGUACUGGCGUCGUCAUGAUUCUCCGUCUGCCCGUAUAUCGGAGAAAACUGGAGAGAAACGAAAAUAUACCCAUACCCGAAUGGCGCUUACCAGAGGCCAUGUUCGGGGGUAUCAUCUUCGCCGGCGGUAUGUUCUGGCUCGGAUGGGCUGGAUACCGUAGCCAAGUCCACUGGAUUGUACCAACCAUUGGAGGCGCCGUAGCAGGAUUUGGUAUUUCCAUGGUGUUUCUGCAGGCAUUCAAUUACCUAAUUGAUUCCUACCUGAUGCUUGCGGCAUCAGCUCUCGCAGCCAACACCUUCUUGCGAUCACUGUUUGGGGGAAUUUCCCCGCUAUUCGCCUCGUACAUGUUUAAAGGAAUGGGAAUUAAUUGGGCACUGACUUUGUUGGGAUGCGUUGCCUCGCUCUUUUCUCUGGUGCCAUUUGUGUUCUACUUUAAAGGUCCGAGGAUCAGACAAAUAAGUAGAUACACACCAAAGAUCAACAUUAAUGUGCCAGCUUCGACACCAGAAGAGAAGGUAUAG